UAUCAUAAAAAAUUGCGCAACAGAUCGUGCAAAUAAUUUUUCUCUCGCGUUAUCUAUAAACUUGUCAGGCAUCCUUCGUAUGUCUAGAUCUCAUCUUCAGAGCACUUGCGGUCGAUUUGGCUUUUAUCGCCAAUUCGGCGGUUCAACAUGGAGGUUUCCGCAAGUCACGUGAAGCGUCUGCGAGAGAUUCCACGAACCGCCGUUGAAAAGAUAAUCUAAUUUUGGCAAAAGCCGUGUGCUUUUGCCAAAUUCGUCACUCGAUGCGUGCACGCGAUCCUCGAACGGUGGCGGCCGCGGACGUGUGGGUGUAUCCCGUGCUCAUCGUGUUUUUUGUUUAUUAUGCCAACGUGCUUGCCUGGCUCAUAUUGUACCGAUGGUGUAAAUGCGCGGUCCGCACCUCACUCGAAGCCGCGAUCGGCGGAUUCGCAGAUCCGUCCGUCCGCGAGCAGAAACGCGGCGCGCUUUCCCGUUUCUGCGCCUUUUCGUAAAGUCGAUCGCGCGUCCGAAUUAUCUCGCAGAUCGCUCUCGAUUCGCGUUACACGUAAACGUGGAUACUUUCGCAUUAAAAUACACGUACGCGUGGUGUGCUUGUCGUACGAGAGAAAGAGAGAGAGAGAGAGAGAGAGAAUUAAGUAGAGAGUGCAAAAGAAACGAUGGACCUUCGUCGAGGAGCUUGAAAUUCCCAUGCUCUUCUUAGAAAGACAGAAACUUUCUGCAAUAUAUCUCGCAUUCCUCAAGCUCGUUAGAAAAUACGAUUAAGUUCUUUUACGUAAACAUCCAAGUCGAAGCUGAGAAAGAGAGAGAGAGAGAGAGAGAGAGAGAGAGAGAGAGAGACAAUUCUGAGAAACUCAAACUUUUUAUUUCGUUCAACCUGUCGUAAUCAGAGAUGCGUUAUAAUCGCGAAUGAAAAUUCAUCGGGACGGCAAAUACUGUCUUAUGACUCGGCGACAGACUGUGCUACGUAUCAUCAAACUGGAUCAUCUUUGUGAUAAAGUGCUUUCCGGAUCAACGGCGGAAAAACUGUAUGUCACCGUCAGUGCCAUGCCGCUUAGGUCGUCGUCCGUUUCGUCGAGGGACAACCUUAAUACUCUCGCACAACCGGAGGAUCGGCGUCGCACCGGAAGAUACGUCGCGGGCGGAACGGCCCUCGCAGUUAUGUUGCUCGGGUUGCAUCAUCUGCUCCUACGGGGUGCGUCCACCAUAGCCGGGGUGUGCGUGCCCGCUAUCAUAAUGGCAUCGUACAUAAUCUGGGUGUUGUACUCCGCUCGCCGAGACAGGCGGAAGGCACUCAGGUUCGCCACGGCGAUGCAGCUCACUGAAGUGAUUAGUGUUCCUUCCAAGUCCGCAUCCGAUGAUAUUUGCAAGGAUGUUAAGAGUGACGACAACUUUGGGAGAAACCCAUCGAAUCUUUACAAAUCACGGAAUACUCGUGAAAAUCCAGCUUUCUCCGACAAAGAUGAAGCGUGAAAGUUCGGUAAAUUGUACUCUGCGAAUGUAAUCUUUGUUAGUGAAUGCUCAAAGACAUUAUACUGUUAAAACCAGUGUUGCAUUAACUGUUUAGUUUUUUAGGUACGCAUUCUUAAGAGUUUCAUACAAGACACGUAUAUGAUACAUGCGUAUAAUUAUGAAUACGUCUAGGUUAAAAGUUUCUUAGAAAGUAUUCCUAUAAAAGCUCCUUCUAUCAUGUAGUUUUAAUUUCAUAAUAAAACCUUGAAGAUUGUGAGACUUUGUCGACUCGUAACUUUCAUUUACGAAAUUUUGACAAAGAAAUGCUUUUAAAAUUAAAUUCACAAUGCAGUUUUAAGAAAUUUGUCAUACCAAUAAGUAAAUUUAAAUUUCCUAGAACUUUUCAUUAGUUCUACGAGCUUAUAAAUUAUGCAUAUCUCUCUAUAUAAAAAUAACUUUCAUAG